AUGGAACAACCAAGAGAGAUCAUAGAAAUUGACGUAGAUUCAACAAAAGGAAUCAUGAACGACAACGCCAACGUUGACCCGACAACAGAAUUCCUAGAUCCAACAAAGGGAAUUAUGAACGAUAACACCAAAGCAAACAAGGUAGUCUACGGAGUUCCAAGAUCAUUUCAAGCGAUAACCGAUACGUUUGAAGGUUUCAGAAAAAAACAAGCUGCGAAGUCUCAGGAACCUACUCAAGAAAUCAUGGAACCUGAAAUAAAAAAACCGUCAAUUGACGAAACCAAUAUUUCGAAAACAAAUAAAAAUCGAAAUAUCAAGAUAAAACGUGUAAAC